GAUUACGACUAUUUCAUGGCCUUUAUUUGAGAACUUUAAGAACGAGUAGCAUUAAAUAUCGUAUUAUUUCUAUUAGAGGAGUGAGUGUUUAAUGAUAGUCUGCGCUGCUGGUGUGGAGUGAGUUGGAGGAAGUGAGGCAAAGCAGAGCGCGGCUGCUGGGAGUGUGGCAGCUGGGCGGGGAGAGAGAGCUCCGGCUGGACAGUCAGACUGUCUGCUGUUGCUGAUCCUACACACACGGAGCCGAUCAGGUGGAAGAGGCAGAAGUUAGAAAGUGGAGAAAGCGGCCGAGUUGGGAUGUUUAUUUCGACACAGAAUGGACGUCAAAACUUGAGGAACACGUUGCUUGCGCUCGUCAUUGAUGCGGAUAUGGAGUAUUCCCGUGGAAAUUAAAAAUGACCCAAGAAAAGCGAGAUCUUUGAUGCAGUAGUUGGAAAACCAAGAACCCACCCACAUAUCAUCACUUCCAGCGGCGUGGUUCUCCCCAGUAACUGGAGAAUGGAUCCCCUUUCCAGGCCCAGCGGCGAGAUUCAGCGCAGGAACCCCCAGCAAGACUUUGAGCUCAUCCAGAGAGUUGGGAGUGGGACAUAUGGAGAUGUGUAUAAGGCUCGUAACAUCUCCACGGGAGAGCUAGCAGCUGUAAAGAUCAUUAAAUUGGAGCCAGGAGAUGACUUCUCGAUCAUCCAACAGGAAAUCUUCAUGGUGAAAGAAUGCACUCAUCACAACAUAGUGGCCUACUUUGGCAGCUACCUCUGUCGUGAAAAGUUGUGGAUCUGUAUGGAGUACUGUGGAGGAGGUUCAUUGCAGGACAUCUAUCAUGUUACGGGUCCUCUGUCUGAACAUCAGAUUGCUUAUGUGUGCAGAGAGACGUUACAGGGUCUGGGUUAUCUCCACUCUAAAGGGAAGAUGCACAGAGAUAUCAAGGGGGCGAAUAUUUUGCUCACUGACAAUGGAGAUGUCAAACUAGCUGAUUUUGGAGUUGCAGCAAAAAUAACAGCCACCAUUGCCAAGAGGAAAUCAUUCAUUGGCACCCCCUACUGGAUGGCUCCUGAAGUGGCUGCUGUAGAGAAGAAUGGAGGUUACAAUCAGUUGUGUGACAUCUGGGCUGUUGGAAUCACGUCAAUAGAACUCGCUGAAUUGCAGCCACCCAUGUUUGACCUGCACCCAAUGAGGGCUUUGUUCUUAAUGUCCAAAAGCAGCUUCCAGCCACCUAAAUUAAAAGACAAGAUGAAAUGGUCAACAGCCUUCCACAACUUUCUUAAAGUGUCUCUCACCAAGAACCCCAAGAAGAGACCCACAGCUGAAAAACUGCUCAUGCAUAUGUUUGUAGCUCAGACAGGCUUGACGCGAAGACUUGCAGUGGAGCUGCUGGAUAAGAUGAAUAACCCAGACAACCAUCCCCACUAUACAGAGGGAGACGAGGAUGACCUGGAGCCACUGGCCGAGCGACACACCAUCCGUUCAACCCACAACAAGCACACACGAGCUGAGAGAACUCACUCAGAGAUCAACUCUGCAAAUGGUACGGAUUUGACUGGAAACCCCCUCAGCCCCUGCCGCACACAGUGCAAGGAGGAGCCAGUUGAUAAACUGCAGUUUGAGCCUCCGCUUAGGAAGGAGACAGAAGCACACUCAGAAAUGGACGUGACCAAAGAGGGCGAUUUCUCCUCCCAGUGGAGUCCUUUUGCUGAGGGUGGAAUCUCCAGCAGGAGUCUCCUGAAAAGCGUUGAGGAGGAGUUGUUUAUACGGGGGCACAUGGCACCACUGGAGGAUGCAUUUAUGGAUGUGGAAAUCUCGACUCUUAAGCAGGGAGUGCCUCCACCUUUACCUCCAAAGCCACGCCUGAGCAGUGCAUCAGAUGAGCUGGGUCUGAAUGACGGAUGCUCGACAGUUAAGCGCUUCCCAGGUUCAGAUAAUGGGCCAGGACUGGGACAGCGUAGACAGAGCACCCCUGAGAGAGGCAGCAGGGCCGAACACACACAGCCUGAUUACCUGUCUGCCAGUGUCAGCAGCCCUGGACUGCUCUCACACACAGAGACUGCUCCUCUUGUUUCCAAACCCAGAGAAGAAGAGUCUGAGGACACUGUGAACGGGGACACUCCUAAAUCACCACCUAGCCGUCCACAGAGAAAGGAGAAGAGGGAUUUUCCUAAACCUGCAAUAAAUGGCCUACCACCCACACCUAAAGUUUUGAUGGGAGCUUGUUUCUCUAAAGUGUUUGACGGAUGUCCUCUUAAAGUUAACUGUGCCACUUCCUGGAUCCACCCAGAUACUAAAGAUCAGUACCUGAUCUUUGGGUCAGAGGAUGGAAUCUACACUCUAAACAUGAAUGAGUUACAUGAGGCCACCAUGGAGCAGUUGUUUCCGCGGAGGUGUACCUGGCUCUACAUUAUAAAUAAUAAUCUGAUGUCAUUAUCAGGUAAAACCUUCCAGCUGUAUUCUCACAAUCUGUUGGGCCUCUUUGAGCAGCUCAAAAAGCCUGGACUUGCUGCACAGUUUCAGACACACAGAUUUCCUGAUAGGAUACUACCCAGGAGGUUUGCCCUGACCACCAAAAUCCCAGACACAAAGGGCUGCCACAAGUGCUGCAUUGUGCGUAAUCCAUAUACAGGACAUAAGUACCUAUGUGGGGCACUGCAGUAUGGCAUUGUUCUUCUACAAUGGUACGAACCCAUGCAGAGAUUCAUGCUUAUAAAGCAUUUUGAUUUUCCCUUGCCGAGUCCUCUGCGUGUGUUUGAGAUGUUGGUGGUGCCAGAGCAGGAGUACCCCAUGGUGUGUGUGGCUGUCAGUCAGGGCACUGAGCCUGGCCAAGUUGUUCGCUUUGAAACCAUUAACCUUAACUCGUGCUCGUCCUGGUUUACGGAGAUCGGCUCAGCUGCUAAUCAGGUUGAUGCGAUCCAUGUAACUCAGCUGGAGAGAGACACUGUGCUUGUGUGCCUAGACAAAAAUCUGAAGAUUGUGAAUCUGCAAGGAAAACUCAAGUCUAAUAAGAAACUUGCCUCUGAACUCAGCUUUGAUUUCUGCAUUGGCUCAGUUGUGUGUCUUCAGGACAGUGUUCUGGCCUUCUGGAAACACGGUAUGCAAGGGAAGAGCUUCAAAUCAAAUGAGGUAACACAGGAGAUUUCUGACCCGAGCAGAGUAUUUCGACUGCUAGGAUCAGACAGGGUGGUGGUUUUGGAGAGCAGACCCACUGAUAACCCAACGGCUCAGAGCAACCUUUACAUCCUGGCAGGCCACGAGAACAGUUAUUAGCUGUAUAUUACAUACAUGCAGGUUCUGUUCCCUCACUUUAGCCGCUGCAGUGGCUGUUCUGGAUCCAGAGCUGCCUGGACGCUCUUCUCUGGCUCUAUGCUUGGUGAGCAGUGCUGCUCUUAUAUGAGACAGUUUAAAGACAAAGUGAGUGGACUGCUGCAGAUAGUGUCUUACUUAUAUCUCUCUGAACCGUUUAUCAGAGCAGCUCUUACACCCUGCGUCAUUUUGCCUUCGUUACUGGCUAAUGGGUUUUUAGAAUCAAGCCAAACACAUCAGUAUCAGAGUCAUGGUUCAGAUUCCAGCAAAUAUGAUAAAAGAACACUGCCUGCACUGCUCUUCAGAAGCAGGAGUAUUAAACAAACAGUAGUAUUGCAGGAAAGUUCUUCUUUGAAGUGCCUUUUGAGGGGACUGAUGGGCGUACUUUACUUAACCCUUAGAGAAUCAGGCCCUUCUGUGUGUCUAACUAUAUAUGCAACUAAUGCAUGUUCAGAAAGAUAUUGACAAUGUUUAUUCAGCUCUAGGGCUGGAAUUAGGUGUUAGAUCUGUUAUUGGGAGUAUUUACCAGCAGUGGGAUAAUAUGCGUGGAGAGAGAGGGUGGAGGGGGGAUUUGGAGCAUUGGCUAUUUAAGUGUAAUUUAUUGAGCUGUAGCCGUGAUGUGUUUUAAUGGCCCCCGGAGAUGCUCCAGUACAGGUUGACUUCCUAACCAAAGCAGGGCUUGGCCUGGCUGCAUCCUCAUUUUACUGCUAUGUAAUAAAGUCCCUCCUAAUCUCCUGCUUGGUUACAUUUUUAGAAUAAAUUUAUAAUGUAAAAUUGUUACCUUUUAUAUUGUAACUUUUAUUCAAUAUUUGCACCAUGUAAGCACUUUUGUACAUUAAUUUUUGUAUUUAAGAAUGACAAAACAUGGGAGAUGCUAGGUUUUUAUGACUUGCGGUGUAUUUCCAUGGCUUCAGAUCUAAUGUAUGCCGUUUUUGUAAUAAAAAAUGUUAACAAGUU